GUCUGUGUAAGUAUUCGUCCGCGUGGUCACUAAUCAUUAUUUUCGACAAAUUGAUUGUUGGAGGGCGAGAAGGGUAUAAAUAUUAUUUCGUGGAAAAAAUAUAGAUUAGGAGUUCUUGCGUUGUCAAGCAGAAUUAUCGUGCGUGGUUAAGAUUUAAAUUUUUUCCCAUUUGAACAAUUGAAUUACUGGCACUUCUGCUCUUUUCAUAAUUUUCGACGGUCUGCUAUACAACUACUUUCUACACCAACAUAACGAGGUUAAUAUUUAUUCUAUCGCACACCAAACACGACCUCUCCAUGGUGGCUCUUGCUUCCCGAAGGUCGUUCUCUCUCUUGCUGCUGACCGCCGCUGGCAGGGUCAACUUGUUUUCCCUGGCUGUUCUGAAGCUGAAGCGCAGCGGGAAAGCGAAAAACGUUGCCCACCUGACUCUGCCGAUAGGUGGGUUUUUUCGUGCAGGGUUAGUAGACCCGGACCAAGACCGCGAGUGGACCCCGCGACUGACAUUGCCUACGCACGAACCGUGGCUGCAUUUCAUGGACGAUGAAAGUACUAGCAGCGCGGGGGAAAACGAGAAUACUCCGAGCAACAGCGUGCUGACAAAGGACGUCGUGCGAAAACCCUCCUCCAGCUACUCGGAUAGAAGUACCACUGGUGUCGGGGCAGAUGAUCGUGAGUUUUAUCUCGCGGGGUUUGAGUCGUCGGAAAAAGGAAAAGCGGGACGCCGCUCAUCGAAGAGGAAGAGGCACCAGAGGGCUGCAAAGGAUACGGAUUUCGGUAUUUUCGAGGUUUUUCUAUGGAGUAACUGUUUCUCGCUAUACUCACUCUCGUCCCCAGUACAAUGCGUGGAAGCCGAGUCGUGUAAAAAUGCGUUACGUAUCUACUAUACUUAACGUAAUAUGUUAUGUCUCUUCAUAUCAUCAAUCAUCUGACAGAGUUGUGAUAUUAAAAUAAAUCUUUUCAUCAAAGGAACUUCGACUUCCACGACUGUGGAGCCCGAUGAGCCGGGCAGCACACACCUGAAAAAGUCGCGGACUCUGUCCCCGUCGCCCGGCGAAAACGACGAAUCUGGGACCGAUUAUAUGAUGCCGCUCACUUCGCCCUUUGUCUUCGGGGAGUCGAUGUCCUCGCGUAAGAAUGAUAUUUUUCUAUUGGUGCUCGAUAGUUUGAACUGAUCUGUUUCCGUUUCAUUUAUUUUGGUUUUACUUCCCUUAGAAUCUGGCGGAUCACGUAUCUUUGCCUGCAAUGAAAAAUUUCUAAACAUAAAGUAACGACAAAUCACUUUUCGUUUUCAGAUUUGCUGCUAACGUUGCCGGGGCACGACCAGAGUACACCUAGCAGCACGGGAUCUUCCAUGAUGCGUAGAAGCCAACGGGAAUUCAACUUGGCAGCGCUGGCAAUGGACGUGUCAUCGGACGAGGGCAUGUAGUUGGGAGGUUGAUGUUAGUUUACUCUCUAUGGAAUUUCGAUCUAGCAUGAUUGCGCACUCCUACCUUUUUUCGUGCAUUAGCUCUUUUUUGUAUAUGAAGCUUCGAAAAAAAAAAAAUGAUAAUGAUUUGUAUGUCUGAUCCCCCAUGCCAAGGGUGAAAUAGAGGGCGCUACAAUUUGUGCAGAAACAGGACGCGCUCGGGAGAUAGAUGGUUGGUUUUCCGCCUCCAGGGCUAGAAAUCAUUGACUUUGUCGAUAUCCGCACCGUGCAGAAAGCAUGAAAAUGCGAACGGAGUCGGUGUCGGAUGUUGGUGCGGUCAAUGUGAUAAAACUCAAAGCCUCUUUUGCAAUAACAAAACAAAACUGAAGAAAUCUAGGCACUAGAUCGAUUAGCUUGACACUUAAGGAAUACAGAUAGCUUGAGACUGAAGGAUGAAGAUAAAGGCUAGUAUCAAAAAAAGAUUGAGAACAAAAAAACUACAUUAAGCAGUAGCUUUCUUGUGUAUGUCGCUACGUUAGAAAUUAAAGACUACGUUGAUUAAAUUUAAAUUUUGCGAAUUAAAAAUAUGCAUGACAAAUUGCGAAUUUCUUUCUUAUUUAAAUUUUUGACGCCGGUCCCGCAAAAGGGUUGGCUCCUGGGGAGUUCCUGAUUUACUUACUUUUCAACACCGCCCGCAAAACCGAAGCCUUCGGUUUUGUUGGUAAACUCUUGCACAUGAACUAACGUCUUAGUUCAGUUCUCAUUUUCUCUGGGGGCAAUUUGAUGGCGUAGUUGAUGAAACAUUUUCCCAAAGAAACCUUUCGAAAUGAAGAAACGUAUCUAUAUCCACUUGGAUUACUUAAUCGGAUUGGUAUAUUGGCCUCCAAGAGGAGACGGAGAUGAUGAUUUCUAGGCAUCGCGCUGCAGCUUUACCACCGUAGAAGGUCUUAAAAGCAAACUUCAACUCAAAGAAUAGAUUUUACCGGCUAGCACGAAGGAGAACGAAGAUUAUUGUUGAUGUAAUCAUCACUGCUACUGUCUUCAUCACGAAUCUCGUCACAGCCUUUCUUUCCUUUCGGUAUCACAGUUUCAGUAGUCGACGAAGUCAGCGAUGAAACGACACAAAUUUUCCUGUGCCGGAAAGAGCGGAAAUAGUACAGAGCAGUCGCCCACAUCAAGAGAUAUUAGAAGACUAAAUAUUGACUAGGAGCUUCAUUCAGAUGUUGAAAAGCAAAAAAACAAAAUCAAAGCAACGACAU